CAGGGCGCUGGCCCGGCCCAGAGGGGACAGGAAGCCAGGACACCGGGGAUUGUCUCUAGCAGCCGCAGCCCUGCCUCAGCCCGGGAGGAAGUUCUGCCGGGCGCUCUCCGCUGGUGCCUCCCUCGCUGUAUUGUUGAACAGGAAACCCGGCUGCGCGGGAGCUGGGCGGUGGAGGAGGGAGCGCCGGACGCCGAAACCACGCGCGCCUGCCGGGACAAGCGGAGGCGAAGCCAGUGAGCGGACACCCCGAGCUCCUGCGCCCCGAGGUCUCCCGGGCCUAGCCCUUGCAAGCCCCGCCCAAGGAGAUGGCCGGGGCCUAACCUGCAUCCAUCCGCUGGCUCCGCCCGUCCAGCCCAUGGGCCCGCAGAGACCUGCCCUGCCAACGGAAACGCCACGGCCGCGAUGGCGGCGGACGUCGAGGGGGACGUGUACGUGCUGGUGGAGCAUCCCUUCGAGUACACGGGCAAGGACGGGCGCCGCGUCGCCAUCCAGCCCAACGAGCGCUACCGGCUGCUGCGCCGCAGCACGGAGCACUGGUGGCACGUCCGGCGCGAGCCCGGCGGCCGCCCCUUCUACCUGCCCGCGCAGUACGUGCGCGAGCUGCCGGCGCUCGGGGACCCCGCCGCCGCCUCGCCGCCGCCCGCGCUCCGCCCGGGCCCCGCAGCCCCCGAGCCGCUGGCCUACGACUACCGCUUCGUGAGCGCGCUGCCGCCCGCGGGCCCCGACGGCACGCCUGCCAAGCCCCGCGGCCGCGUGAGCUCCCUGUGCGGCCCCGCGCGGCGCGGCGCGGCGACCCAGCCCAGCAGCCUGGCACCCGGCCUGCCCGCCUGCCUGUACACGCGGCCCGCGGCGCCCGUGCGGCCCGCGCAGUCCCUGGACGACCUGGCGCGCGCCGCCGUCGCGCCCCCUGCCGGCCUCCUCGGGAGCGCGGGCAGCCUCAAGGCCUGCAGCGUGGCGGGCUCCUGGGUGUGCCCGCGACCCCUGGCGCGCAGCGACUCCGAGAACGUCUACGAGGCCAUCCAGGACGUGCGCGGCCCGCCGCGGGAGGAGCGCCCGCAGCAGGUGGACGACCCCCCGGAGGAGCCCGUGUACGAGAACGUAGAGCGGCAGCCUUCGGUCCCUUCGCCGGGCGCCAGCGCGCCCCCCCGGCCCCCGGCGUGGGAGACGCACACGGACGCGGGCAGCGGGCGUCCCUACUACUACAACCCAGACACGGGCGUGACCACGUGGGAGUCGCCCUUCGAGGCUGCUGAGGGCGCCGCCAGCCCGGCCACCUCCCCGGCCUCGGUGGGCAGCCGCGAGAGCCUCGAGACCGACUGGGGUCAGUAUUGGGAUGAGGAGAGCCGCAGGGUGUUCUUCUACAACCCGCUGACGGGCGAGGCCGUCUGGGAGGACGAGCCCGAGGACGAGCCCGAGGACGAGCCCGAGGACGAGCCCGAGCACGAGCUGGAGAUGCAGCCGGGCCUGAGCCCGCUCAGCCCCCGGGAGCAGAGGCCCCCUACGCCGGAGACGGAUUACCCCGAGUCGCUGACCGGUUACCCGGAGGAGGACUAUUCCCCGGUGGGCUCUUUCAGUGAGCCUCGGUCCACCUCGCCUUUGGCCGCGCCCCCCGGCUGGUCUUGCCAAGUGAGCCCCGACGGGCAGACGCUCUACACCAACCACUUCACCCAAGAGCAGUGGGUGAGGUUGGAGGACCAACACGGGAAGCCCUACUUCUACAACCCAGAUGACGCCUCAGUUCAGUGGGAGCUGCCCCAGGUUCCUGUCCCUGCCCCUCGAAGCAUCCACAAAUCCAGCCAGGACAGUGAGACCCCAGCCCAGGCCAGCCCACCUGAGGAGAAGACCAAGACUCUGGACAAGGCCGGCGUGCUCCAUCGCACCAAGACGGCGGACAAGGGAAGGCGGCUCCGGAAGAAGCACUGGAGCGCCUCCUGGACGGUGCUGGAGGGUGGCGUGCUGACAUUCUUCAAGGACUCAAAGGCCUCAGCUGCAGGCGGCCUGAGGCAGCCUCCCAAGCUCUCCACCCCUGAGUACACAGUGGAGCUGAGGGGGGCCUCUCUCUCCUGGGCCCCCAAGGACAAAUCUAGCAGGAAGAAUGUGCUGGAGCUGCGGAGCCGAGAUGGCUCAGAGUACCUGAUCCAGCAUGACUCCGAGGCCAUCAUCAGCACCUGGCACAAGGCCAUUGGCGAGGGCAUCCAGGAGCUGUCCGCAGACCUGCCCCGGGAGGAGGAAAGCGAGAGCAGCAGCGCGGACUUCGGGUCCAGCGAGCGCUUGGGAAGCUGGCGGGAGGACGAGGCGCGGCCGGGUGCAGGUGCAGCCACCUCGGAGAGCGACCUGAGCAGGGUCCGGCACCGGCUCCGCUGGUUGCUGCUGAAGCGGCCCACGCUGCAGUCGCUGCGGGAGAAGGGCUACAUCAAAGACCAGGUGUUCGGCUGCGCGCUCGCCGCGCUGUGUGAGCGCGAGAGGAGCUCCGUGCCGCGCUUCGUGCAGCAGUGCAUCCGCACCGUAGAGGCCCGGGGGCUGGACAUCGACGGCCUGUACCGCAUCAGUGGAAACCUGGCCACCAUCCAGAAGCUGCGCUAUAAGGUGGACCACGAUGAGCGCCUGGACCUGGACGACGGGCGCUGGGAGGACGUCCACGUAAUCACCGGGGCCCUGAAGCUCUUCUUUCGAGAGCUGCCGGAGCCCCUCUUCCCCUUCUCGCACUUCCGCCAGUUCAUCGCGGCCAUCAAGCUGCAGGACCAGGCCCAGCGCCGCCGCUGUGUGCGGGACCUGGUGCGCUCGCUGCCCGCCCCCAACCACGACACGCUCCGGCUGCUCUUCCAGCACCUGAGGCGGGUGAUCGAGCACGGGGAUCAGAACCGCAUGUCCGUGCAGAGCGUGGCCAUAGUGUUCGGGCCCACGCUGCUGCGGCCCGAGACCGAGGAGACCAGCAUGCCCAUGACCAUGGUGUUCCAGAACCAGGUGGUGGAGCUCAUCCUGCAGCGCUGCUCGGACAUCUUCCCGCCGCACUGACCGCGGGCCGCUGCCCCCACCCCCCGCGGCUGGCGCUGCGGACCCGGGACUGAGGGCGGCGACAGUGGUCCUGCCUUGGAAGCCGGACGGUUGGAGGCCGCUUGGCUGGACUCCUCUGUGAGACCCUCCGCCUCCCAGCGAUCCCCAGGCCGAAGUGAAAUCUGCACCCCUUGGUGCAGUAUGGUGACCCCUGGUGGGCAGUUUGCAAAAUGUGAUUUCCUCCCCCCCCCCCCCCCCCCCGCCCUGGCCUGUCCCGUUUGGGGCUUACUUGGGUUCUGGUCUUCAUUACAGCGACACCUGCUGUGUGUGAGAGAGAGAAUGCGCUGGGGUGAGAGUUGCUUUUCCGGGGCGGCUGGCGCUGGGAGGAGGAGUGUGGGUGAGGGGCUUCUCGGCUUCUCCAGGCCUGCACCUGGCGGGGCCUUCAAGGACAGCCCGUGGGGACCGAGCCCCGUGUCAGUCCCGGAGCAGUCGCCUACAGCGCCCCUGCUGCCCAGCCUUGCCUCGGGCCUCACCCCCACCUGACACUCUCCGCCGCUGCCGGGGGGCCAUUCCCAUCGGCUUUCCGGGCCCGGCCGCCGCCCUCCCCGACCCCUGGGCGCUGUGUGCGCGGGUUCUUCAUCCUCAGUGUGUGCCCCGCCCUGGCCGCCUCCCCCGCACCGUCCCCACGCACGAUCGCAGACAGGCAGGCAGCGGUGGCGGCAAAGUGACCCGUUCAGGGUCCGUCCAGGCUGCUCUCACACCAGGCCUCCUGGGAGGGCGCGGGCAGUCCUUUCAGCUGCGCCUCCCCUCCAGGCCCCCUGCACAGCCCACCCUGGGCCCCCGGGCAAAGCGAAAGAAACUGCAGCAGGAGGGUUCUGUCUGGGCCUGGGGAGAUCCUGAAGGCGGCCAGGGAACCCGCGGCAGCUGUGUUCUGGCAGGGAGGGGAGACAGCACUGGCAGGAGCCCCCCAGCCCCUCUCAGUGCCUGGCUGUCCGGCGGCCUGCCGGGUGCCCACCUCGUCCUGAGGAGCUACGAGAGGCCUGCAGGGCCGGGGGAAGGCGGGUACGGCCUCCGGAAAAGGAAGCGUGAACCCUGGGGCCAGCCAUGCCCUUUCCCUCCUCACACACAAACCACCUCAGUUUCUGGGUCCGGGCCCCCCGCCCCACCUACCGUUUGUCUGUUCGGCAAACAAUAAUAGCUACUAUUUAUUGACAUUUGCACCCUGCCAAGCGUUUCACUUGGAUCAUCUCGUUUGUCUCUCACAGCCAAUAUUUAUUAUCUGCUCUUCUGUGCCAGGCACAGUGCUCUGGGGCAGGGGUACUGCGCGUGCGGACCCAUGCCCACCCCACAUGCCAACAGGGCCGGGACACGAGUACAAAAGGAGGCCUCACGCCAUACGUGGAAAUACUGUAGUCACAAAUCAAGUUAUAACUGUUCAAUAAAAUAUGUUCUAUUCUCCUACUUUGACAAAUAUACUUUCGUGGUGACCUAGAAGACGAGGUUCCAGCCCACACUUCCUUGACCCUUCUGAAUUCUGUGCCCGGGCACGUUGGCAUGAGAAGAGCAGCCUGCCCCUUGUAUCUGCCCUCAGAGCCAUCCUGCCCCAGGGGAAGGCCGCGUGCACACAUGGGGACAGUCCAGUCCACUAGCACAAACUGCCACGUGUCCCCUGCCCCCUGCUGCCCCUCGGCCACCCCACAUGGCCCACCCUUCAGGGAAUGGGCUUUUGGGGCAGGGACUUCUGCGGUCUUGCAUAUCAGGGGCA